GGCAGCUGAUGCGCCAUGCGAGUCGUGGGCGGGGCCUGAGUGACGUCAGGCGAAGACCACAAUGGAGGACCGCAGUAACGAGUUGGGCGCCAGCGACCCGGAACCCUCCGAUUACGCGAACCGCAACCCGUCCCCGCCACCCAGCGAAGAUGGGACGCCGGCGGGAGAUUCCAUCGGGAGCACCGUGUACAGCAAGCACUGGUUUUUCAGCACCCUGACCAAGCUGAUCGAGGCCGUCACUCGGAAGGAGGAACGAAAGGAUAAGGAGGGAGAGGAGGCGCCGGCCGAGCUGGAUGAGGACAUGGAGAACGAUAUUUGUAAAGUCUGGGACAUGUCUAUGAAUGAGGAAGUGUCUUUAUUCCUCAAGGAGUUUAACGCACCUGAAAUAUUCUUGGGUGUUAUUAACAAGUCCAAAAGUAACCGGCUAACCGAAAUCUGUGUCGGCAUUUUGGCAAAUAUGUCCUGUUUCCAAGAGACGUGCACGGCUAUCAGCGACAACGAAAACCUGGGGGAGCUCCUUCUCCUGUUACUGGCCGACCCCGAUCCGCCGACAUUACUGGAAACCUGCAGGUUGCUCCUGACUUGCUUGUCUCAGGCAGAUGUGGCGAGUUCGUGGUUGGAGAGGAUCAGAAAGCAUUCGUCGGUCCGAGAAAACCUCUGCUUCAUCAUGUCCAGCUCCACCAACGUGGACCUCUUGGUGAAAGUCGGUGAGCUGGUGGACAAGAUCUUCGACAUGGAUGAGGAUCUGAUGACUGACUGGAUAGAAGCCGGCUCCCCGGAGCCCCAAACUCCAGUUACUGACAUCGAAGAAGACAAAGCCCCGGCCCUGGAGAUGGUGAGCUGCUUAUUGGAAGCCGCAAAACAGCUCAGGUACGAGAGCACGGAAGGUCUCGACGUCUACAUGCAUGUCCUGCAGCUGCUGACCACGGUGGACGCCGGGCUGCAAGCUAUCGUGCGAUCUCCUGACCGCGGACGAAGCGCCUGGGAGUUCUUGUACGAGUUAAUCAGCCGUGACCUGUGCCAGCCCGACGAUCCACCUCUCAUCGUCCAGGAGCAGAAGACCAUAUUGUCCUCCGUCUUCGCGGUUAUGUCAAUCAUCUUUGCUUCCCAGGCGGACCAAGAGUACAGGAAGAUCGAAAAAAACUUUUUUCUGAUUGACAGUCUGCUGCGUGUGUUGGAGAACCUCGGCGCCUGUCACACGACCCGUUCCGAUAAAUGCAGACGGAGGGGAUCAGACGAGCCGCCCGGCGCCUCCGACGAAGAUCUGCAUUUACAGAUUCUGAAAGACGUCUGCUGCGAAUUCCUGUCCAACGUCCUCUCCGAACUCACGAAGGAAAGCAUACUAGAGGGAAUCAAACAAGGACACAUCAACGAACACAAAUGCCGACGGGCGCUCGCCGAUCUCUUACCCCUGUACGCUGCGUACGUAAAAAGCUUCAUGGGGAUCCUGAGCGAAGCGGACCGGCCCCUGGCGGACACGUUAACGGAGCAGAUCCCUGCUUUACGUGACCAGUGACCGGACGCGAGCUUCCGUUACGUCUUCGCUGUAGGAGCGUCGCCCUGUUUUCACCGCGCGUCACCUCACGUUACGCAGCAGAUCUCCUGACCCCGGGGGGGCUUUUGAGGGUUAAACAUGUUAUUCGGCGUUGUCAGCGGAAGAUUUUUCGUGCCAAGAAAGAGUAUUUUUUGUAUUUUGUUGUCAUAUAAUUGAAAUAUAAAGCUGGCUUUUUGUA